AUGAAGCUUCGUGCUCUCGUUUCUCUCCUUACCCUGGCCUCCUACGCCCUUGCACACGCCCUCGACCAUGACGCGCCCAUUCUGGAGGAGCGCCAGAGCUCAGCAAUCAUCUUGUCCGGCCCCGGAGACACAGUUGUGAGAACGCGCUUGGAGAUUCGACAGAUGAAGGACAACGAACCAGACCAAUACACUCUCCUCGUCCUGGCAUUGGAGCAGUGGAUGGCUCAACCGCAGUCAAGCCCGACUUCAUAUUAUGGAAUCUCGUCUAUACACGGAGUCCCACGACAGGAUUGGGAUGGAGUUACCCAAUGCGCAUCUUGCACUGGUGCCGACGGCUACUGCCCACACGACUCAGUUCUCUUCCCGGCCUGGCACCGUUCCUUUGUCGCGCUUUUUGAGCAGGAAUUCCUGAUGGUAGUCAAGAACAUUGCAAACUCCUACCCAGCAGGCGAUGAGAGGGAUCGUAUGGUCAAUGCCGCAAAUGUAAUGCGAUGGCCCUACUGGGAUUGGGCGGCCCACCCGCCGGCUGGUCGUUCCACUUUGCCAAAGGUGGUCAGCGACUACACUGUCACCGUCAACGCGCCCUCUGGACCCAGGACCUUGGAACCCAACCCGCUCUUUCGUUUCGACUACCAGGAUAACAGCGGCAUGUACUACAGCCCAUUCACCACCUGGACGAGGACCUACCGCUACCCGACUUCCAACGGCCGGGACGCUAUCAGCAACACUCAGUCAUGCAUCAAUGCAUUCGAGAAUGUUCGCCAAAGUCUGCAGGACCAGAUUUACCAGCUCUUCACUUCUUGCAACGACUACCUCCAAUUCAGCAACGACGACGCCACUCACAGCUCCACCCAAUGCAAGAGCAGUCUGGAAUCCAUCCACGACACCGUGCACGUUACUGCUGGUGGCCCUGGAGGCUCCGUUUCAGGCGGUCACAUUGGCUAUCUCAUGCUCUCGGCUUUUGAUCCCCUCUUCUGGCUCCACCACUGCAACGUCGAUCGUCUCUUCGCCAUGUGGCAAACUAUUAACCCCAACUCCUAUGGCGCAAGCCAGCAAGCUCCUCACAGCACCUGGACUAUCGCUCAAGGCUCUACGCAGGAUCAAAAUUCUCCCCUUAAGCCUUUCCGCAAGACUAGCAGCACUUUCUGGACGACUAACGAUGUCCAAGACUGGACGGUUUUCCAGUACACCUAUUCGGAGUUCGCCGACUCGGAUGGUUCUGCUGAUGCGAUCAGUAACUACAUCAACCAGUUAUAUGGACCCAAUGCCAAUGCCGCCGCUGGCUCUUCCAAGCGCGAUCUCGCCGACGAUAUCACCGCUAAUGUCAAUGGUAUUGCCGCUGAUGUCAAUGGUAUCACCGGUAAUGUCGAUGGUGUCAUCAGUAAUGUAGCAAAUGGUCUCGACGGUGCUCUUCCCGAAAAUCCUCUGAGAGCCUGCAAUGGUUCUUCGUACGAGUACUACUGUAACAUUGAAACUCCCCGUUACGCUCUCAACGGCUCUUACGGCGUCUUCCUCUUCAGCGGGCAACCCGCCUCCGAAAACCCAGCCGACUGGAUCAUGGAUCAAAACCUCAUCGGGCCCCUCUUAGUAUUGGCGCAAGACGGAAUGACCAACCAUAACAUCAUCACUUCGGGCUCCAUCCCUCUCACUCGCACUCUUCAAAGCAUUGUGGGAACGAACAGUGGCCUCCUCGCCGGGUUAACAGAAGCCCUCGUCGUUCCCUACCUAAGAGAGAACUUGCAAUGGAGAAUCGCCGGCCCCGGAGGCGAGUGUGUGGAGCCCUCUUCGCUACCUGGAUUUGUGGUUUCGGUGGUGGCUUCCACGGCAGCUCCGAGCGACGACAAGUCGAAAUUACCCGUCCUUUCCGAAUUCGUUUCGCUUUUGGAUGUGACACAGGGACUGGGUGGGGGAAUGAAUUCUACACAGCAGAGGACUUUGCCGGUCAUUAUUUGA